AUGGCAUAUGAGGCUGCUCUUGAGGAACCUCCUGCGGGUUUGCUCCUCUCACUGGAUUGCAGGGAUCAGUUGACUGUUGUGAACCUACUGAGCCAAUGGGUGAAGGAUAAUCAAAUUAGUUCUUCUCAGAUUUAUAACUACUGGGAAGCUAAAGGUAGUAAAGUGAUAUGGCACAAAGAAGUCUGGAGGUGUGGAUGCACUCUUAAGCAUGCAUUCAUCCUCUCGCUGGUCAUAAAAGGGAAGCUUACUACUUGUGAUGUGCUGAAAGGUGUCCUUGUUGAUCAUGUUUGUCUAUUGUGUGGAACUGAAGAUGAAUCUGUAGGGCAUUUAAUUUCAAGUGUAGGUUUUCUAAUUCUGUUUGGAGGCCUGUGCGAAACUGGUUGGGGACUCAUGUCUACACUGAAAGCUGCCGUUAAAUGGCUGCACAAAGAAGUAAAGGGCACUGGUGUUCAGGCUGUGGCCAAGAGAAUUAGCUUGGCUACAAAAGUGUAUUCCAUUUGGUACUUUCAGAACAAAAGGAGAUUUGAAGGGAAGGCUAUCUCUCCUGAAUGUGUCUUUAGGGUGAUUCAGAUUCACGUUUAUAGAGUGUUGCAUGAUAGAUUCCCUUUGUUCUCCUUGGAUCGGGGUUUGUUUGACUGUAUGUGA